AUGGUGAAUCUUUCUUUGAUUAGACAAAGCAACAAACAUAUCGACGAGGCUUCGACACCCUGCGUCGCAGUUUUUGUCGGCGGCACUGCUGGUAUUGGGAAGAUUACGCUCGCUGAGAUAGCUGCACUUGGGACAGACUUCAAAGCAUACGUCAUCGGUCGUAAAGAGAGUGAACAGGCAUUUAAGACUUUCCUUGAUGACUUACACCAGGCCAAUCCAACUGCCAACAUCAUUUGGGUUGAGGGACAAGUCUCGCUUCUGUCCGACGUCAAGAGGGUCUUCACACCCGAAGGGUUGGAUAUCAGUCAAUCACUGGUCUUUUACUCCCGCAUCUGCUUCGUCGAGAAUCUUCUCCCCCUCCUUCGAGCAUCACGGAAUGCACGAGUUAUUAGCGUUCUCUCGGGCGGACUCGAACGCGGGUAUCUACUCAAUAACAACGGGUUGAAUGUGGAACAAACGGGCAGCUUCGCGGCAAUGGCAACCCACAUGCAUAUGGGGAUCAUGGGCACUCUCACCCUCGAGCGACUCGCGGAGGCGAAAGAAAAUCACUCCAUUGUUUUCAUCCACAGCCAUCCCGGUAUUGUUAGAACUGGAAACCUGUUUCGCGGGUGGGGUGAGGGGUCGUGGGGUCCGUGGUUUGCCGCAAUCUUCAUGGACCCCAUACUGAUGCUUAUCGCAUUCAGUUUCAAAGAAUCGGCAGAGAGGUACCUAUACCAGGUGACGAGCGGCGCGUUUGGGGGGAGAGGACCUACACUUCCGGGCAUCGUAGGACAGACAACCAGAGGAGAGCACACGGGAGGAUUGUUUCUCGUGAACCGAACUUGCGACGCAGUGAUGAAUGAAAAGGAACUGGCAAAGCUCCGUGUCACGGCACAAGAAGCAGUAUGGGAGAAGGCACACCAAGUCAUUAGUCCGUAUGUCUAGCAAAGAAAAUAUGGGUCACGGGAACUGCCUGAUAGCCACUGAAUUAAUUCAGAAGUAGCGGGUGUGGGUGGAAGUAGAAACGGAGAAUAUAGAUUGAUGGAGGGGUGGAAAGGACUAUUUGUGUUGUUAGGCAUCUUGUCUGUUACGCUGUUUCCUUUCUCAUAGGGUGAUUAUCCUGUAAUAAGAUAUGGGGUUGGUUCUCCUAGGGGUAUGUCGCAAGCUGUAUAGUCUACAGGUGUUUUAAAAACGGG